AUGCUCACACUAGCUGGGUCUGGAUCCUCCUCCGCAACAUUUUCCUUCUGUCAACGCAUGAGUCAUUGGAUUGGAAAUAAAUGCACAUAUAGGUUUAGAAAAAAAGAGAAGAAGGAAACAUUAAAGAUACUGGCCGCAAAUUUAAACUGCGUCAUGCCUCUAGCUCACCAUCACUGGUUCUCACCAAAGUCCGGAAUUUACCGUAGCAAGCACGCCCCCGUCGACCUUCCCACCGACCCUUUUCUCGAUGCUGUUUCCUUCAUUUUUUCCCGCCGCCAUACUGGGGUUUCGGCCCUCGUUGAUUCCUCGUCUGGGUGUUCCAUCUCCUACUCAAAGUUGCUACCUUUGGUAAAAUCUGUUGCUUCUGGCCUUCACAAAAUGGGUGUUUCGCAAGGUGAAGUGGUUCUCAUUCUUCUUCCAAAUUCCAUUUACUAUCCCGUUGUGUUCUUGGGUGUUCUCUAUCUGGGUGCUGUUGCUACACCGUUGAACCCUCUUAGUAGUGCCUAUGAAAUACACAGGCAGGUUGCUGAGUGUGGUGUGAGUGUGGCUUUUACGGUGCCUGAAAAUUUUAAGAAACUAGAGCCAUUGGGAAUUUCUGUUAUUGCUGUGCCAGAAAAUGAGAAGGGUUUGAGGCAUGGUUGCUUUUCAUGCUUUUGUGACUUGAUUUCCUGUGACUUUGAUUUGCCUCAGAGGCCUGUUAUCAAGCAGGAUGACGCUGCUGGGAUAUUGUAUUCUUCUGGGACAACUGGGGUGAGCAAAGGGGUUGUUCUGUCUCAUAAAAAUCUUAUUGCUAUGGUUGAGCUUUUUGUGAGGUUUGAAGCUUCUCAAUAUGAAAGGUCUUGUUUAGGGAACGUGUAUCUGGCUGUUUUGCCAAUGUUCCAUGUGUAUGGCUUGUCGCUAUUUGCUUUGGGAUUGCUGUCUUUGGGUUCUACGGUCGUUGUGAUGAGGAAAUUUGACAUAGAUGAGGUUGUCAGGGUGAUUGAUGAAUAUAAAGUUACACACUUUCCUGUUGUUCCACCGAUGUUGACAGCAUUGAUAAUGAGGGCAAAUGGUGUUAAUAGCAGUAAGUUGCAGAGUUUGAUACAGGUCUCCAGUGGUGCAGCGCCUUUGAGCUUAGGAGUUGUUAAUGACUUUCUCCGAACUUACCCCAACGUUGAUUUUAUACAGGGUUAUGGAAUGACUGAGUCAACUGCCGUAGGAUCACGUGGUUUCAAUACUGGAAAGUUUCGCAAUUAUUCUUCAAUAGGGUUAUUAGCUCCAAACAUGGAGGCAAAAGUGGUAGACUGGAAUACUGGUGCAUUUUUGCCCCCUGGCAGCAGUGGUGAUCUUUGGUUGAGAGGGCCUUCAAUUAUGAAGGGGUACUUGAACAAUGAGGAAGCUACAAUGUCAACAAUUGAUAAAGAGGGUUGGCUACAUACUGGAGAUGUUGUUUAUUUUGAUCAUGAUGGGUACAUGUACAUAUCUCACCGACUCAAAGAUAUCAUCAAAUACAAGGGCUUUCAGAUUGCUCCAGCCGAUUUAGAAGCUGUGUUAGUUUUGCAUCCUGAAAUAGUUGAUGUUGCUGUUGCAGGUGCAAUGGAUGAAGAAACUGGGGAGAUGCCAGUGGCAUUUGUGGUAAGGAAGGUUGGAAGUGUGCUGUCUCCGAAGAAUGUUAUGGAUUAUGUUGCUGAGCAGGUUGCUCCAUAUAAGAAGAUUAGGAAAGUGUUCUUCACUGACAAGAUACCAAGGUCUGCGACUGGGAAGAUCCUACGCAAGCAGCUGGAGAAUUACUUGAUUUCUAAACUAUAA